AUGGAUGAAUACGUGGGCCUGCCCCGGGACCACCCAGAGUCGUACCACAGCUUCAUGUACAAGCACUUCUUCUCCCACGUCGACAUUCCUCCCGAGAACAUCAACAUUCUCGAUGGCAACGCGCCCGACCUGGCCGCUGAAUGCGCCGCCUACGAGGCUAAGAUUGCGCGAGUGGGCGGGAUUGAAUUGUUCCUUGGAGGAGUCGGUCCUGACGGGCACAUCGCCUUUAACGAGCCUGGGUCCUCGCUGACCAGCCGGACCCGCGUCAAGACGCUCGCCUACGACACGAUCCUGGCCAACUCGCGAUUCUUCGACAACGACGUGAACAAGGUGCCGCGGAUGGCGCUGACGGUGGGCAUCCAGACCAUCAUGGACGCGCGCGAGGUGGUAAUUGUGGUUACGGGCUCUCACAAGGCGCUGGCCCUGCAUCACGGAAUCGAGGGAGGUGUCAACCACAUGUGGACACUGUCGGCGCUGCAGCUGCACCCGCACCCGCUCAUUGUGGCGGACCGUGAUGCGACGAUGGAGCUGAAGGUCAAGACGGUCAAAUACUUUGAGUCGAUCGAGCAGGCGGGCACGGAUGCUCGGACCCAGGGACCUCCGCUGGUGUAUCGACCCAGGACAUACGUUCCGGCGCCUCUGGGGGCUGCUGUCGUCAAGCCACCGCAGGCGCCGAGCAAGGUUCCGAAAGACCUGAAGAUCGAUACGGAGCUGCACCGGUCGAUGGAGGAGGACGAGCUGACGCCGGACAGCAUGUCGUCGCGAAUGGUCGACUCUGGGAUUGGGGGGUUGGACGCUGCUCUGAAGGGAGAUAUGUUUUUUGACCGGAUGGGAUCGAGGGUUGCCACUGCGUAG